AUGUCUUCUUUUUUUACGGUCCCCGCAUCGCAGCGCAAGCGCAAGAGAGAAGAUCGUCCCGCAGCCCCGGCAACUAAGAAACGAGGCGUGGACACCAAAAGCGACAGUGGAGGUCGCCGUAAUCGUGAACGAGAAGAAUCGAUUUCUGGCAGUGAUAUCGAGGAGGAUGAGGAGGGGGAAAUUGAGCAAUUUGAAUCUGGAGAGGAGUCUGAGUCUGACUCGGACGACGGCGAGACAGCGGCAGACCGACGCUUGAAACUCGCGGAACGCUACCUAGACAACAUCCGAGAGGAAGUUGAUGAAGUUGGAUUCGAUGCGGCCGAGAUUGAUCGAGAUCUGAUCGCAGAAAGAUUGAAAGAGGAUGUCGAUGAGUUCAAAGGACGAACUUUUCGGCAAAUCGCCUCUAACUUAUCCUUUUCUACCUCAUCUCAUUCUUUUUUCCGCUCCGAUACCCAAUCCCUCACUUCUGUUGCCAUUCAUUAUCCCUACGUCUAUACUGUUUCCAAAGACAAGACUUUGACCAAAUGGGAAUUGGCUACUCCGAGCACGAGCAAUGCUCAGUCAACCGCCCAGAAUGGAUCCUCAACAAGACCUCCACGCCCUCAGCGCAAGAAGCCCAGGCGCGUGAAGUACGCUCGAGGUGUGCGCAAAAUUCCCGAGACGGGCGAAGAGUCUGGACACACCAGCGACAUUUUGUCUGUUGCUGUCUCCCCCUCUGGACGUUUUGUUGCGACUGGUGGCCGGGACAAUCGGUUGGUUAUCUGGGAUGCUGAGAGUCUUACCCCUACCAAGACUUUCACUCAGCAUCGCGAUUCCGUGAGCAGCUUAGCCUUCGCCCGACACAUCUCAACAAUGAGCUCCGGUGAACAACUUUUCUCCGGAUCCUAUGAUCGCACUUUAAAGACUUGGUCUCUCAGUGGAGCCGGUCAUGCCUACGUUGAGACUCUCUUUGGACACCAGGAUCACGUUACUGGAGUUGCAGCCAUGGCCAUCGACCAGUGUGUUUCUGUCGGCGCCAGAGACCGAACCGCUCGCUUGUGGAAGGUUGUGGAGGAAUCCCAGCUUGUAUUCCGAGGCGGCUCCUCCAAGAAUGCCGCCUACCGUGAGAACAAUAUUGACUGCAUUGCCCCGCUUCCUCCCACCCAUUUUGUAACAGGCUCCGACUCUGGGUCCAUUUCCUUGUGGUCGAUGCACAAAAAGAAACCACUUUACACCAUUCCUCUUGCACAUGGUCUGGACCCAAUUCCACCUUUGGAUGAACUUUCCCCUGAAGUCGACAAGGAUACCGCCGCUCACAAUACCCGCCAUAUGAGAGCCAUGCCCCGCUGGAUUACAGCUCUGACAACCAUCCCAGGGACUGAUGUUAUCCUUAGUGGCAGCUGGGAUGGUUGGAUUCGUGCGUGGCGCAUCUCGGAGGAUAAGAAGACUAUCAUCCCUCUGGGUCCGAUUGGUGCAGGACCCUCGGGUCAAUUGACACCUGAUACCCCUUCAAAACAGCUCAACAGUUCAUUGGCUCUCGACACUACCCCCGACCCUGACGACACGGUUUCGGAGAAGAGUGAGUCCGAGCCAUUGAUCAAGGGUGUCAUUAACGACAUUGCGGUUUUCGAACGUCGACCAGAGACUGCCCAGCCAAGCUUGUCUGGCACAAAACCCUCAUCCAAAACUGGAUCAUCCUCCGAAACGCAGCCUCGAGGAUUGUGCGUUGUCGCUGCCGUCGGAAAGGAGCAUCGUUUGGCGCGGUGGAAAUGUUUUGCAAACAACUACUCCGAGGGUCCUUGCUCUCAAGGCCGUAACGGUGCCGUUAUUUUUGAGGUUCCCUUCAUUUCAGUCGACGCUGCUGCCGAGUCUGAUGUAUAA